AUGGUACCAACCUCUUUCUGUUGCAUCAGCGGCGUGGAGUUUGAGAGAGACAAGUGGUGUCAAGAAGAGGAUGACGUACCUUCGAGUAGUGUGGCUCCUCUCAGGACUCCUGAGUGUGCGUUCAAGUGGAUCAGUGUCCUAGGCUUCCCAAGGCUCCUUUGCCAGGGGCCUCUGGGUAGCUUCAGCUCAUCAGAAGCACAGCGACGAUGCAAGAAUCGACCUUUAAAGGACAGGAUUAAUGCAGUCCUCAGUAGAGAACUCAAGGAACCUCCACAAGGAGCUCAUUUUCUUGCCAGAAGUCUGGAUGAUGCCUUAAACCUUAUUGAGAAACUAGAAUUAACAAAUAAAGUGGACAUGGUUUGGAUAAUAGGAGGCAGUUCUGUCUAUAAGGAAGCCAUGAACAAGCCAGGCCAUGUUAAACUGUUUGUGACAAGGAUCAUGCAGGAAUUUGAAAGUGACACAUUUUUUCCAGAAAUUGAUUUGGAGAGAUACAAACUUCUCCCAGAAUACCCAGGUGUUCUUUCUGGUGUCCAGGAGGAAAAAGGAAUUAAAUUCAAAUUUGAAGUAUAUGAAAGGAGUAACUAAUAUGAAGAUGUUUUCUGAUUUAUUUCAAGUUGUUUCCCAACCCCUCCAAACAAUUAAUGUAUUUAAACAUUAGAAAAAGACACUUCUGCCCUGGCUGGUGUGGCCAAGUGGAUAGAGCAUCGGCCUGUGAGCCAAAGGAUCGCCGGUUCGAUUCCCAGUCAGGGCACAUACCUGGGCUGCAGGCCAGAUCCCCAUUAGGGUUUGCACACAUACAUUGAUGCUUCUCUCCCUUCCUCUCUCUCUCUCUCUCUAAAUAAAUAAAUAAAUAA